CUCAAACUUCAACCAAAACUCAUUUCCCACUUCCUUCCUAUUAAAAACUCACAACCAAUCGAAUCAUAAUCUAGACUGGACUUUGAUCGAUCGAGUGAGAUGGAGAAGAUAAAAUCAUUGGUAUCCGAGAAUGGUGUUGUGAUUUUCACCAAGAGCACCUGUUGCUUGUGCUACAGUGUCACCAUUCUGUUCCAAGAACUUGGGGUGAACCCUUUAGUGUAUGAGAUAGAUCAAGAUCCUCAAGGAAGGGAGAUGGAGAAGGCUUUCCAGAAGCAAGGGUGUAACUCACACCCUGUGCCAGCUGUAUACAUAGGUGGCAAGCAUGUGGGGUCCACCAACGAGGUCAUGUCCCUCCACCUAAGCGGCUCCCUCAUUCCUCUGAUCAAAACGUAUCAGUCCCUGUCUUAAACUAAUAACCUCCACUCUGAAAGAAAUCGGGCUGGCUCAAGACUAUGAUCAGUAGUAAUCUAUUUGUUCAACUAGACUAUGUUCUGUAUUAGUUAUUAGUACAUUUGUAGCUUUUCAUUAGCUUCAGGGUAAGGAAGAUUGGCUUUCAGGCAAUAAUUAUGAUUAAUUAUCACUAGUUUUUAUUUAUUCUA